CAGCUAAUUCCAAUGUUGUUUUUCACACUUAAAAAAUAAUUGAAAACAUAAAUUUUGUUAAAAAACUGGAUUUUUAAUAAUUUUUUCGGACUUUAUCCGUACUAAAGUUCACUUAAAUUCACAUUAAACUCAACAAAAAUGUUAAUCAAAUCCCUCUUGACACCAAAACUGCCUUUUGCGGAACAUGCCGUGCGAUAUUUGUCAUCGACGACUGCUUCGGUAACGAGAUUACACAGACAUAUUUACGCCAGGAUUUAUCCGACAGUUGUUGCCCUUCCCGAUGGUUCAACCUUCAACAUUCGGUAUCAUGAACCCCGAAAAAUCAUCAAAUUACCCUUGGAUUUAUCAACUUUAACGGAAGCUGAACGGAAGGCUAGAGUUCUGAAACGAAAGCCCAAGAAGAAAAUCGUCGUCGAGGAGGAACUGGAAGACACUUACAGUGCAAAGAAAUACUUGAAAUACGUGAAAAAAUAGAAAUUUUUAAUUUUUUAAUAGAAAUUAAUUAGAAAAAAUCCAAAA